CAACGGUGGGAUGUAGCUCAGCCCCUUCCUUCCGCUUUUAGCCGCGCCCCUUAGAAAAUAGCGGGGGCUGCCCAAGUAGGAGCCAGGCAAGCAAGGGAGUUUAUAGGUGGGAGGUGGAACGGUGAGCAUUUUUUCAUCAAGAUUUUCGCGCCCCGGCUUUAUAGAUUUCCGUUGAAAAGUUUGAUCUAGGAACUUAACAUUAGCAGCUCUUUUACAUCCUGACGGCAGUGGAGUGGCUUCACAGACCUACACACAGAGAGACAGAUGGCUGAUCCUUGGCAAGAAUGCAUGGAUUAUGCGGUUAUUUUAGCAAGAAAAGCUGGAGGGGUAAUCCGGGAAGCACUAACAAAGGACAUAGCUGUCAUGAUUAAAAGCUCUCCAGCAGAUCUGGUGACUGUCACUGAUCAAAAAGUGGAAAAUAUGAUUAUUUCUUCUAUAAAGGAAAAAUAUCCAUCUCACAGUUUUAUUGGAGAAGAAUCUGUUGCAGCAGGUGCAGGAAGUACCUUGACAGAUAAUCCCACUUGGAUUAUUGACCCUAUUGAUGGAACUACUAACUUUGUGCACAGGUUUCCAUUUGUGGCUGUUUCAGUUGGCUUUGUUGUAAAGAAAAAGAUGGAAUUUGGAGUUGUGUACAGCUGUGUAGAAGACAAAAUGUACACUGGCAGGAAAGGAAAAGGAGCAUUUUGCAACGGACAAAAGCUCCAAGUGUCACAACAACAAGAUAUAACAAAAGCACUCUUGGUGUCAGAGCUGGGAUCCAACCGUGAUCCAGAGGUCAUAAAAACUGUUCUUUCUAACAUGCAAAGACUCCUCAGCAUUCCUGUUCAUGGGAUUCGAGCAGUUGGGACUGCAGCCAUAAACAUGUGCCUGGUAGCAACAGGUGGAGCAGAUGCCUACUAUGAGAUGGGGAUUCAUUGCUGGGAUAUGGCAGGGGCCGGAAUUAUCAUUACAGAAGCAGGUGGAGUGCUGCUAGAUGUCUCAGGCGGGCCAUUUGAUUUGAUGUCAAGAAGAAUAAUUGCUGCUAAUAGUCAAGUACUAGCAAAGCGGGUAGCAAAAGAGAUUCAGAUAAUUCCUUAUCAAAGGGAUGAUGAAACAAAUUAAAUGUCAUCAUUACA